UUCGACUUCAGAAAGCAAACCAUUUUUUCGGAUGAAACUCUUACAAGCGAAGAAACUUCUGAAAUAUUGAGAAUAUUAAGUAAACACCGGGAUAAAGCUAAACUUCUUAUUAAUGAAGGAUCAAAAAGAUUUUGCGAAAAUUGCAAAGAAGAAUGUUUAGCUACAUUAUAUUGUGAAAAUUGUGUUCGAAAGUUUUUAAAAAAUAAUUUUUCAAAUUGGACUUCUGAAAAUGAUAAUAUUGAUAAAUUAAUUCAAAAAUGUCAAUUGGAAACACUUACUCCAUAUAAUGUAGUUGAAUGGAUUCCUUAUGAUUCCUUAGAAAAUGUAAAAUAUUUAACGAAAGGUGGAUAUUCAGAAAUUUAUUCAGCAGAUUGGAAGGAUGGAAAAUAUUAUGAAUGGGAUUCUAAAAACCAAUCAUUAAAGAGGAAAGGUACAAGUAAAGUAGUUCUAAAAAAAUUGAAAAACAUAGAAAAUGCAAGCAAAAAUUGGUUUGAAGAAGUACGUAUAUACAUAAAUACAUGUGUAUAUUAAGCGAAAUCUUAUUUCAUUGCAAGUAAUAAUUGGAAGACUAUUGUUAAAUAUUUUGGUAUAACUCAAGAUUCAAUGUAUGGAAAUUAUAUACUUGUAAUGAAACAAUUGGAUAUGGAUUUAAGAAAAUAUUUACAAAAAAAUCACAAGCAAUUAAAAUGGGGAGAA